CUCAUAAGUGCUUUAAAGGAACAAUUCCUCCUUCAGAUCAAUAUAUCAAGAUUUGUCUUUUGUUUUGCUUCAUUCUACAUCCCUUCAUUUUAGUUACUUCUUAUUCUUUGUCUUUUCUUCCAAAACCGAUGUCAAACAUAAUUUCACUACUGACUUUCCUCAUUUGCAUAGGUUUGCCAUUCGAUAUUUGAAUUGAAAAUUAUUAUUAGAUUGUUGAAUUGAAUAACCGGGAAUUUAUGAUUUAAUCAUUCUGAUAGAUCACAUUCUGAUUAUGAAGCAACUUACUUUAAAUGUCCAUAUCAAUAAUAACGUUAUUAUCGUUUAUUGUGAUUACUUCCCUUUGAAAAAUAAUGAAAGUGGUGAAUUUGGUCUCGAAGACCAGUAUGGCGUACCGUGCUUGUUGCUAAAAUUCUCAGCGCAAUUAUACAACUUCAACAUAAAUGGUACACGUAUUGCAACUAAGGUACCCGAAUUAACAUCACCAAAAGUGAAAUUGAGUGGAUACUGUGCCGGCAGUAACGGGAACAGCAGUAAGGCAGAAUUUAAGGCAAACUGGAAAAAGGGGAGACGUAGGAAGCAACUUACCUUGUACUUCGGAGUGGCUCACGUUAAAGAUCCAGUAAAUCAACUGGAAGUGCUUCGGUGGCAGUUGAAGAUGGUCUCCUACUCUGAAUCCUAUUCCAGACAUUCGGUCGAAUUUUCGUCGGAAGAAGUGAUGAUGAGUGCUCCGUUGAAGCAGAAAUUCAUAUGUCACGAUAAAUUAAAUUUAACACUGACCAAUAAGCAUUUCAAGGAUUAUAUCCUCGAACUGAAUCCAGAAAUUAGUGCGCAACCGUAUUACGUCAUCGGCAAGCAUCCAAAUUUAUUCAUUUGUGGCAGUACACGACGACGAACGCUAGCGAAAAGUUUCGAGAGUCGGAUGACAAUUUUUUCUGGAAUAGUCCUUUGCAUAACAUCGGUUUCGCUGAUGGUUGGGUACAGUUUCCACAGACAGUCACAUCCCACUAGAAAGAAACUUUAUGAAUCACUCACUUAGUUCUUUUU